AUGAUGAUAGAGAUUGCAACUCUACUAGAGGAAUUGUCACGAAAAUUAGGACUGGACAAGAAUGUUGCGGUGAACUACCGGGUCGACCAGUCCGUUAUCAAGAAGGAGGUCAAGAAGUUCAGAGACAUCUUCUCGAAAAGCAUCUAUCUUGAUCUCUUCGCUCGAAUCGACGCAGCCAAUAGAAUCCUGAAUACCUUAGUGGAACAGUCCGAUUAUCGAACCACAAUACAAAAACGAAGAAUAUCAAAAAGACCCCUAUUGCGCCAGAGAAGGGCUCAGAAAUCAGCUCGCAGUCUGCAUAAUGCAAUAAUACGGGGCAACUAUUGGAAAUGUGCUUGUCUCGACCAACACUCAAUUCAUUUUGUUCUUAGCUAUCCAGAGGAUAUAAAUGAUGGGUCCAAAGAGUCCUCCUGUUGCCCUCGCUUUCGAAUGAUAUUCCCUUCCAGCAGCUCUAUAGAUUUUGCUACGGGAUGGUGUGAGAUUGAAACUGAAUCUGAUACUAUUCGAUCGCACGUGGAUCCUUUGGACCGAUUUCCCCAUCAGGGCAAUCAAGAGAGAGUCCCAUUCGCUAAACAGAAGGCCAAAGUGCAGUUCGCAUUUGAUGAAUCAUCCGAAGAUGAACAAUCCAUGAUCUCUGAUAUGCCUUCUGUGCCGCCGAUUGUAGACAUCUGCUCAACGCUGUCUACCGUGGGGACCAACCGCAAUGGCGAGACAAAUGAACUUAUUGGAUUUAUCUCCGAUGAGAACCACCGCCACAAUAUGUAUUAUGUUCGGAAGCUCGCCGGGAAUUUGAGAUCACAAUCGCUCGCUGAACUCAUUGCGGCUUCGAGUGAUUUCUUCAAGGCGCCUGGCAGCGGCAGCUUCCUUUUCACAUGGGGCCACCGUCUCCGCGUUGCAGUUAAUCUCGCCUGCAGCGUGCUCCAAUUCCACGGAAGCUGGCUGAAAUCCCAGUGGAGAUCACGCGAUAUUAUGUUUACCAAGACUUCAUCUGGGGAUAUCGAUAAGCCAUACGUCCGUUGGAACGUAGGCAGUGAUUUGGAUACCUGGAGCAUGUGCAGAGACAAACCAACAUUCUCACUCAUUCAAAGCGAGAUACUGUUUCCCCUGGGCCUUGUUCUGGUGGAACUUUCUUUAUGCCAGACGCUAGAGGCAUUACGUAUACCGGAGGAUGACGAUCGAGUGGAAGCAUAUGUGAAUCUAAAGACUGCAACUCGCCUCUUGCAAGUGGUGGAGGAGCAAAGCGGUGCAGAAUACGAAAAGGUAGCGAGGCGAUGUCUCCUUUGGCCUGGUACCAAAGAAUCUACCCUGGAAAGCGAGAAGAUGCAAGAUGAGAUAUUUCAACUCAUUAUCUCGCCAUUAGUCGAAAACCUUAGGAAUUUCGAGGGUAGGGCUUGA